AUGUCCCAGCUCUUCCUGUCGUCUCCUGGACUCACAAUCCAGGCUAUUCAACCAUCGGGGAGACUCCCCGGCCCCGCGACUUCUUCGGUCCUUGAAUCCAACCUGCGCUUUAAAGUAGCGGCCCUAAUUCGGGAGGAGGAUCUUCGGACCCCGCCUCCUCCCCUCGGGGAGCCGCCGCCAGAAGGGUCAGAGCGAGUGCUGCGGCCGCGCGGAGGCAGAGAGAGCCCCUGUCUGGAUUUGUGUCUGUGUCUGUCUCUUUGGGAGAUCGAGAGUUUCUUCUGGAACCCCUCAAACUCUUCGUCUUCAUUGAAGACCCUCAAACAUACAGCUCCAGGGUCUUUUCCUGCAGCCAUGGAGACAUCCAGUGGGGUCUAUGAGUUUGUGAGAGGCUGGCAACUAGACUGGUGGGAUGCCCAUAACUUCUGUGACCAGUGUUUUGCCCAGCUAGCUGUGGAGCCCCAAGAUGAGGCUGUGACUGAGCUACUUCAGAGAAAAGUGCAGGGUCCCAUCUGGCUGGGCCAGAGGACAGCCUUGCUACAGAGACUGCAGCAAAAGCGCACACACAUGCUGCCCACCCUGGUGUUCGGGGCACAGACAGAUACAAGGCAUGCCAGGCUGCUGGUGGGCUUCCCUGCGCUGCCAGCCAUCACAGUCUGCACCCACCUCCAGUGGGACCUGGCCGUGGGCAAGGGGGGCACCAUCUUUUCCUAUGCCGUGCCAGCCUUCUCCAACGAGCUCCUGCUGCGAGGUCUCACCGCCCACGAUGGGCUGGUCCACCUGGCCCUUGUUGUCCAUGGGCACCAUUCCCCCUACCUGCCGGUCUUCCCUGCGGAUGGAAGGUGGCACCAUGUCUGUGCCACAUGGGAGAAGUGGAGGGGUCGCUGGGCCCUUGGGGCCGAUGGUGAGCUGCGGGCAGGAGCCCAGAGCCUUUCCCCGGCCCAGUCCUUGACUCCAGGAGGCGUGUUUGUUAUCGGGCAGGACCAGGACUCUUUGGGGGGCGACUUCAAGAAGGAAGAGGCCUUCAGGGGCAACAUCACCAAUCUGUCUGUGUGGGCCCGAGUCCUGGGCCCGGAGCAGCUGGACAUGGCCCGAGCCUGCGAGAUACCCAGCGAGGGACUGCUUUUUGGCUGGAAUUGGGGGGCCCUAGAGAUCGCCCCCGCCCUCCAGGAGGUUUUGCUGCCCUUCAGGUGCCCCGUGCCUGUAGAAGAAUGCCCAACUUUGGAUGCUGGCAGUGGAGCGCUGGGGUCUGAGCCGUGCCUGCAAUCCCUUCCUUUCCUCUGCCAUUACAGGCCAGGGGUAUAUCAGCGACUAAGAGAAGUCCAGAAAACAGCAGAUGGGGAGUUUAUCAGCCGAGUCAACACUCUAGCCAAUGCUACGGUGCUUUCCAGAGAUGACUUUGCAGAAGAUCCCGGGUCCCUGAGUGUGCCUGAGGCAACCAGCUUCUUGGGGAUCCUGGAACAGGCUCUGGCAGCCCAAGAGACCCCCCUCCAGGCAGCUGACCUGCUUGCUGUGGUGAGCUUCCUGAAGAGAGUUAUUGCCAUCGAGGAAGGAGAGCAAGACCCUUCUGGACAGCAGGAACAUCUCAUCCAGAGCUUCUUAGCAGUGGCUGCCCUACUAUUAGAAGAGCAAACUAAAGCCCAGUGGCUGGAAAUUAAAGAGAUCACCAGAAGUCCUAUGGUUCUGGUGGAGAGCGUGGACCGCAUUGCCGUCAGCCUGAGCCUCCUCCUCACAGCUGAGAAAUCCAAUAUCUCCAUCCAGAAAGGCCCCAUAGGCAUUGAAGCUCGAAGCCUGAACCUGAGAGACUUGGCCAAUAGCGAAGACUACUUCAAGAAGAUUCCAGGUGGGCCAGAAUAUAUCCAAGUGCCUUUUGAGGAAAUAAGAAAACUUCAAGGAAGAGGUCUCUCCAAAGUCACUGUGAUCAACACCUGGUUUGCCUACAGUGCCCUCCAGCACUCCUUGGGUUGGGAAGGGCAGGAAGGUGGCAAGGUCCUCAUUCAAGACGCCUCUAUACCUGAGAAAAGGCAAAAGUACCUACAUACGCAGGUAGGAUCGGCCAUCAUCUCAUCCAUAGUUCUGAUCAACCUUCAGGAGGUGAGCACAGCAGUGCAUUUCCAUCUCCUACACCAGACCCAGGACUUUUCAGAUAAACUUGUGGAGCCUAUCUGUGCCUUCUGGAACUUCAGUACCAGCUCUGAGGCUGGGGGCUACUGGUCCAAUGAAGGAUGUGCAGUGACUGCUCAGCACCCAGAAUCUACCUCUUGUUUCUGCAACCACAGCACCAACUUUGCCAUCCUCUUACAGGUGUUUGAUGUCCAGAGGAGCUCUGAAGAGGAGUCUGUGCUGAAGACACUCUCUUUCAUUGGCUGUGGAGUGUCCUUUUGUGCUCUCAUCACUACCUUCAUCCUUUUCCUGGCUGUUGGGCUCCCACAGUCUGAGAGGACCACCGUUCACAAGAACCUUAUCCUUGCUCUAGCAGCUGCUGAAGCCCUUCUCAUGUUCAGCGAAUGGGCAAAAGCCAAGAAGGUGGUGUGCAUGGUGCUGACAGCCCUCUUGCACCUCUUUUUCAUGGCUGCCUUCACCUGGAUGCUGGUCGAGGGGCUUCUGCUGUGGAGUAAGGUUGUAGCUGUCAACAAGAGUGAGGACGGGAGGAUGAGAUUUUACUACAUGAUAGGUUGGGGUCUCCCAGUGGUCGUUGUAGGUAUCACUCUGGCUUCCUCCUUUGAUGGCUAUAUGGCUGAUCAUCACUGCUGGCUUAGCUUGCGGAAAGGUGUCAUCUGGGCUUUUGCAGGACCUGUCCUCUUUGUAUUGACUGUGAAUACCUUCAUCUUGUUCCGAGUGGUGAUAGUUACUGUGUCCAGUGCCCGGCGAAGGUCCAGAAUGCUGAGCCCCCAACAUAGCCUGGAGAGGCAGAUCGGAGUCCAGAUAUGGGCAACAAUCAAGCCUGUGUUGGUGCUGCUGCCAGUUCUGGGCCUGACUUGGCUGGGUAGCAUGCUGGCACACCUCAGCAUGGCAUGGGCAUAUGUGUCCAUCAUCCUUAACUCUUUCCAGGGGCUGUACAUAUUCCUGGUCUAUGCUGUCUACAACAGUGAGGUUAGACUUGCCAUACAGAGAAUGAAGGAGAAGAAGAAAGCUCUCUUAUUCACAAAUUGUUCUCGGCCAAUAAACUACUCAUCCAGCCCAAGGAACGCAGCUCCCCAGGAGAUGGAGAAAGGUCUUCCUCCUGUUCCUGUCAGCAGGACUUCUACCCCAGCCACAGCCAUUCGGGCCCCACCCCAAGGGAACAUUGUCCGCCAAGGGAAUCUCGGUGCCAAAAUCCCAGUGGGUAUUUCAUCCAUCAUGUCAUCGGAGAAGUCAAUGGAGAAACGGAGGCCCAGGGAUGAGGAAGGUCACAAGAAGAAACCAGUGAGCCCCUUCCCACAGACCCCUAACUUCUGAGUCCUUGAAGAAUACAUGUGGUAGGGAGGAAGGAAGAAAGGACUGAGUUGAGAAGAGCUGGAUUGGAAAUGGAGGGCAGAUUAGGGGCAGACACAGGAUGACAGAAUAUUGAAAGAGGACAGAAAAAGGUUUGAAUUGAGUGAUAAGAGAAGGGAAGGCAUUUCUGGAAAAGGUGGAGGGGUCCUGGCCAAGGACAAUUCCUGGGUAGAAUUUAGAUGGGGAAACUGAGCACAAAAUUCCCAUGGCUGCCCCUGGUUUGGGAUGUGCUAGUAACCCUGUCUUUGAUUUUCAUCCCGUUUUCAGGCAGUGGAGUUGACAGCAUUCAAAUCCUCAGGUAUGAAAUGGGAGGAGGCAGAGACAAAAGCCUUAUUGAGGGUUGGGGUCUGGAGAUUGGGGAAUAAGUGACUUAGGGCCAGAGCUCAGAUUGGGGCAAACCACUCUGCCUUAGAGCUCAGCAACAGCUCCCUACCCCCACUCUUGCCCUGGAAAUUCUGGGGUGAUUCAGAAAGGAGCCUAAUCUGAGGAAUCGGAGCUCUCCCUACCACUCUCUCCAUCUUGUUCCCCUCCCCCCCCAGUUCCUGUCCCCCCUCAAAGCCUCCUCUAUGUAGUUUCAUGCCACAGAUUUCACCAUUAGACCUUCAUUCCUUUAGCUUAGUGCUUUGUCCCCCCGAAGAAGAUUCAGUUGUUGAUUCCUCAGUUGAUUGGUCCCUUUCUAGAAAGCAGGAUUUGUUUUGGGGGACUUUUGUGGGAAAGGCAAGGAGAAGACCCUGGGAACCUUAUGGCUGAUAGAGUGGGUGAGGGAAAUGACUGAAGUGGGGUGGGGGGUAAAAAGGGAGAGGGGAAAAAAGAGUCUAAACUUGAAGAAGAUAAACAAAGCAGUUUUGAGUCUGGCUGCCUUGGCCCCACCAUGCCCCUUUCUUAUUUCCCUUCUGCUAUUUCUUCCCCUCCCCAUUCUCUCCUCCCACAAAAGCAGGAGAUCUCAUCUCCCCCUCCCACCUGCCCCCCCUUGUCACCAAGCACAAGACCUCCCUGCUCUCUACUCUUCCCACUAUACUAUUUCCUUUUAGAUAGGAGGCCCUCCUUUCCCUUUACCCCCAUCCCUCAAAAUUCAGAGAUGUCUUUUCUCUCCUCCCACCUCCCUAGGCUCUCCCUGCUCAAAAGCAGAAGGUCCUUUCUUCCUUCAUUCCACCUCCCCCCAAGCCCAAAGGCGGGAGAUGAGUCUCCUUGGACUGACACAAGAACCACUUAUCCACCUGCUCCCAGUUUUCCUUUCUUGGUCUUCCCCCUCCCCCCUUCCUACAGUAGCCCCUGAAUCCAGAGGUGGCCCAGGUGGAAGAGGAUAUUCAGAGCUGGUGGGGUGCUAUCCUGUUGCCUCCCCCCCCAGGAAAAAAGGCAGCCUUCUUCAGUUGGGAAGGACUGUGGCUGAGCCUGAUGCUGAGGGGGAUGAAUGUGGGGAGGAAGAGGGAGGUGUAGAACCAUGGCAUAGCCCCUCCCCAGUCCCCUGUAGCUAUCUGCUUGCAUCUAUUUGCCCCUGAUGCACAUCACCUGCAGUAUUGUGGGUUCUAUGCAUGAUACCCGGAUAUUUUUGCAUAGAUAUAUAGACAUAUAAUUACCCUUCUAGUCAUCUGUGCCCCCCCACCCCCACCCCAGGUUAACUAAACAAGCCCAUGUCCUAGAUAAAUCUGGAAAAUUUACUGUCCUAAGCCAUUCGGUGUAGCAAGGUCACUAUCAUUUAUCUCCCAGGGAAUUGUCAACUUCUGAGAAGAGCUCACACUUUCCCCUCACCCCCUUCUCUACCAUUUUCCCCUUCCCCCAUCCCUGUC